AGUAAAAGCUGAAGCGCGAGGUUUGAAACUUUCAAAAUGGUUGCUGUAAACAAAGCACAUUGCUAUGCAUUUUGAUGUGGUUUGUAUGACAUUUCAUAAGACACUUGAACUAAGCCGACAACGUCAUCACAAACUAGAAGAAAUAGCUGACAAUUCCAACUAACUACAAUAAUGGAGGCUGCCCCAUGUGUGAAACAGGUGACAAUCGCAGCCAAUCAGUACCACAACAGUCGCAGCAACAGCAACCUUAUCUAUCUACAGCGACAACUUGAGAUUCUACAUGGAGUGAUAGGUCGCACUUUGCCCCUCAAGUUCUUCAACCCCCGCCAGCUUCUGGCUGCAGAGUGUCUGACAUGCAUCGUGGAUAUCCUCAACGACUCACAGUCCAAGUCGGGGCUAGUACUCAAGUGUCUCACAGUGCUCAAUCAAAUAGGCCAGGAGCACGAUAUGAAGGAGAUGCUGCACACUACCUUCAACCUGACCCCCGUGUUGGCUGGGGUGCUGAAGCUUCACGGGGGCCCCUCCUCAGACCAGCUCACAGCAGAGUGUCUGCAGCUCAUGAUGAAGAUCACCCAUGGUCACAGAAUCAGCUUCCAUGAGAGUUUCAUGGAAGAUCUUCUCAAAUACCUCAUUAAACAAGUACUGACUCCCAAUGAGAUCACCCAGUCGUGUCUGGGUCUGCUAGCCAACCUGUCUCGGGACAACUAUACAGUACAGUCGUAUGUCAAGAGUCUGGAGAACUUUAAACGGUUGAUGCGGAUGCUGUGUACGUACAUCUCGGACAAGAACCUGACUGUUGCUGUGUUCAGCAUGUGUGUCCUCACGAGUCUGUGUCUUCAUGAAGAGAUCGGUCAGGAGAUUUUCAACACAGAGAAUGUGAAUGAGACUCUGAAGCUGAUCUUCAACAUCCUGGUGAAUGGAGACUUUGGUGUGACGCGUCUCUACGUUGUCGACCUCUUCCAGGAUCUGCUGAAGAAACCCAGCAUACAGAACUCCCUACAGAGGUAUAAACACCUACAGAUAUGUAUCAACCACACCUUGAACCUGAUUGCCUCCAGCACAGGAGAAACUGUCACCAAGUUAUUUGAGCUGCUGCUCAGCUUCUGUACCCUGGGCACCAUCAGGACGUCCAUCUGCAAGACCUUGUUCAGUGCCCCCAGACUGCAGUCAGCUGACCACUACCGGAAUGCUCUCAAGGGUCCCGUGAGUGGUCAGUCUGAACCGCUGUUUGCCGUCGUCCACUGGGCCAUGCAGACAGUGGACACAUCUGACACAGCAUCACUGUUUGCCCUGGAUCUGCUCACAGAGAUUUACGAGGAGGUGCUGUACUCCGGCCGUACCCCCGACCUGUGCAUCCACUCGGACCUGCUCCUCCCCGUGCUGGUGGAGAUCCUGCGGUCAAGUGUGGACGGUGACGCCACGCUGGUCAGAAGGAAGUGUAACAAGGUGGUCAAGGCAGUGAGACUUCUCACAGUGUUGUGCAGUGAGGAUGACCUGAAGGCAUCGCUGGUGGACCUGGUGGACACGCCCCUGUUCCAGACCAUCAUCGCCUUCCAGCUGGACAACAACAAGAUCCUGCACCCCAAACCUGGCCCCCCUCAACCCGAUGACUGGAGUGAGGCAGGCAUCAAGGUGGCGCUGGUGUGUAUGCACCUGAUGACCAAGAUCAAGAGAUACGUCCGGGACAUGGAAGUGUACAUCUCAGGGCUACUGCAGGACGGUCGUAUUGUUCCGUUCCUGGCAUCAGGUCUGGUGUGUGAGAAGAGUGACACGGUACAGCUGGCACUCAGACUGGUGUGUCAGGGGUCAACCCUGGAGAACUUCCCCGAUGUCAUUCUGGGAGAUGCUGUGGCUGCCUUGAAUGUGAAGAAGGCAGAGGAGACCAGCAAGUCCUCGGCUUCCAGCGUGACGGUCACUCCGAUGAAACACUCGAACCAGCAGGUGAAGCGUGGCCUGGAUAACAAGGAGAAUGUGCCAGUGAAGUCCAUGAAGAGAUCCGUGUCCGACAAUGAAAAUAUUGACACAUCACUGCAGUCUCUCAUAGAGAAGAUGCAUACUAGCCUGGAGGUGAAAGACACCAAAGCCUCCGAUAUAAUUGAAAUAUAUGAGCACAGAUUUCAGACUCUACAGACCAAGGAGGAGCACUUGGAAAAUCUGCUGGAGGCUAAGACCAUGGCAGUAGCCCAGGCUGACCGACUCAUAGCCCAGUACAGGGCCAGACAGGCCAGGUAUGAAGGCGAGACACAGAAGAUGCGCUGCUACUUCCAGGAGUCUGAGCGGAAGGCUGAGAAGUAUCAAGAGCAGAUCAACACACUCAACCUUGAGCGUGAAACUCUGCAGCAUGAGUUUGAUCAACAGGCACAAGACUUACAGAGACUUGAGCUGAAGUCAGAGGAGUGCGAGGAGCUGAAGGCAGCGCUUACAGAGCUGCAGGAGAAGCAUGACAAGAGUGAGCGCAGCCUCCUGUGUCUACAGCAGGAGCACAAGACCAUGUCGGAGAUGCACGACAUGCUGCAGAAACACCACGAGAGCCUGAAGCAGCAACACGACGUGACAACUGAUCAUCUAAGGAAGUUGGAAGAUGAAAGGAAGCAGAUUUCAAAAUUACUGAAGGAGAAAGAAACAAAACUACAAGAGACGACAAAGACGCUGCAGAAAACAGACGAGAAGCUGAAGAAGGUGUCGGCUGAGAAGGCGACCAUUGAGGAGGAGAAGGACAAGAUGGAGCUGACUGUGGACCAGCUCCGGACAGACAUACAGCGAGCUGAGCAGCUCCGGAGAGACCUGCAGCAUAAGAUGGAUUCUCUGGAGGCUGUCGUCCAGGACCAGGAGAAUGCCAUGAAGGAGAGGGAGGACAAGAUGGCUGUGCAGCAGGCCGAGAUAGACAAGCACCAGCAGAUAGCUGCCCUCAUACACAGUCUUAGUGGGGGGAAGGAUGGUAACCCACCCAAGUGACCACACACACACACACACACACACACACACACACACACACACACAAACUAGAGGUUUAGUUCAGGGAUAAACAAGCACCAGAAGAUGGCUACCCUCAUACACAGUCUUAGUGGGGGGAAGGAUGGUAACCCACCCAAGUGACCACACACACACACACACACACACACAUACUAGAGGUUUAGUUCAGGGAUAAACAAGCACCAGAAGAUGGCUGCCCUCAUACACAGUCUUAGUGGGGGGAAGGAUGGUAACCCACCCAAGUGACCACACACACACACACACACACACACACACACACACAUACUAGAGGUUUAGUUCAGGGAUAAACAAGCACCAGCAGCUAGCUGCCCUCAUACACAGUCUUAGUGGGGGGAAGGAUGGUAACCCACCCAAGUGACCACACACACACACACACAAACUAGAGGUUUAGUUCAGGGAUAAACAAGCACCAGAAGAUGGCUGCCCUCAUACACAGUCUUAGUGGGGGGAAGGAUGGUAACCCACCAAGUGACCACACACACACACACAUACUAGAGGUUUAGUUCAGGGAUAAACAAGCACCAGCAGAUGGCUGUCCCCCUUCAGUCCAAGUCCAUUCCUUUUUUUGAAAAUUACCUCCCCUGCCCAAGGUUAUCUGGUCAAUCUCAUGAUGUUUAUUAUUUUGCAUCACAUUUUAAUAAAUUUUCAUGACAUGUUUACUGAUGAACUGCAUGUUUACGAUGGUGGCUUUGCUUCUUAUUACCAGAUCAAAUUAAUAAUGCAUUUAAACAACAGAUUGUAUGCAAUUACGUUUUAGUCGUAUUUGUGUGUUUGAACUAUUCCAGACAAGAAAUGUUCCAAGUUUGUAUGAUUAGGUUAGGAACACAUUGCAUGAUAUGUAGGUGGCUGUUUACAGAUUGUCUGUUUAGAGGUUUUGUUUGUGGUAUAUGACCGAUAUAUAUACAUGUCUGUAUGUAUGUGAUUUUGUUGUAUGGCAUUGUUAAGAUGUAUCUAACUUAUUGCUAACGUCUAGGGGAGGAGGGGUAGACCCAUUCACUUCUCAUGCAGAAAGCCUUCUUUACACAUUCUUCAGUGAUGUCGAGUAUUCUGUCUAGUUAGUGGUGGUAUCUGCAAAACAGGUGGAAUUCCUCACUAUCAUUCUCUCUUACUGUCCCUGGGGCGGUCGGGUAGCCUAGUGGUUAAAGUGUUCGCUCGUCACGCUGAAGACCCGGGUCGAUUCCCGACAUGGGUACAAUGUGUGAAGCCCAUUUCUGGUGUCUCCUGCCAUGAUAUUGCU